CUGGCUCGGGCCCGGCUCCGGCUCAGUCUGCUCUGCUGCUGCACGGCCGUCAGGAGCGUCUCCCAGCCGCGUGCCGACGUCCCCGCGGCGACCCGGCAUCGCUCGUCCGCACUCGCGUGUUCGCGCCAACUCGUCACGGCCGCGCCCUUACCCUUGUCGUGCUCGUGCGUGCGCGCGCGUGUGCUCAGCGCGCGUCCGUGCGCGGCCCUGCGCGUGUGCUGCUGCUGCGGCCGUCCCUGCCCAGCGUGUUGUGGAUAUGUGUCAGUGAAAGUGCAAAGCGGAUACAGUGCAGUGUGUGUGUGUGUGGUGAUGGUCACGGUGACCCCCUGCGGGCCCUGUGGGUAGUGCGCCGGCCCUCGUGGUGAUGCUGGCCGCGGCGCUGGCCCAGGACGACGCCGGCGGGGGCGGCGGCGGCUCCUCGUAGGACGGACAGAGGAUGAACUAUGCCGGGCUCCGGCUGCAGCUGCACCCCGCCGAGCGCGCCCAGCCCGCGGAGCACGCGCAGCUCGCCCAUGGUUGACCGGCUGCUGGCGGGGCUGGUCCUGGCGUGGCUGGCCGGGCUCGGGGCGCACGCCGUCACCCUCAGCCAGGUGGUGGGCGGCGUCGGCGGCGGGGGCGCCGGCGGUGGUGGUGUCGGCGCCGCCCUCGCCUCCAUGAGCCCCUCCAUCGCGUCCGUGUCGGCCGCCGCCGACCCGGCGGACCCGCCCACCGGACCCGAGGACACCGUCGCAGGCUCGUCGGCGUCCUUCAUCAACUCAGGUCCGGGGCCGGGCGCGCCCGUCCUCGCGGCCGUCGACCUCCCCGGCAGCCCGGGGCUCUCGCUGGGCGGCGACCUGGCGGGCGGCGGCAUGUCCGGCGAGGUGUCCGGUGCGUCGGGCUCGUCCAAGUCGGGCGUCGGCGUCGGCGGGUCGCGGCUCAACAGCGCGGGCAAGAAGACGGGCUCGCGGUACGGCGACGCGUCGCGGGGCACGGCCCACGACGCUCCCAGGCCGUACUUCGAGGACGUCGGCAGCCGCAACGUGUCGGCCGUCGUGGGGCAGACUGCCGUGCUGCGCUGCAGGGUCAAACACCUCGCCGAGCAAAAGGUGAGUGACUGGUAAAGGAGUUUGUUGUGUAUUGCCCGAGGUAUUGCCUCCCCAUACUUUUCCUUGCGUUUCAUUUUUAUUUUAUUCCUUUAUUGCUGUAGUAUAGGUUUUGGUCGGGACCCAUUUUAAUUUCCCCCUCCCGAUCUCUCUCUUCCCUUUGUUUCUAUUACACGACUUUUGAGUAUCUCGAGAAGGGAGCGAGAAAACGACGACGACGACAACGCGCGGCGCGGAGAAA